AUGCUUAGCCUCGAAGUAACUUCGUUGCCCUCUCUUGAAGGUGAAACGAACAAGUCGUUAUUGAUAGGAACAACGACGACUUGUACGCCGAGUAAUAUUGACUCGGGUGGUAGUGGAGGAUCGUUAGUUGAACAAUCGUCCUCGCAUUCAUCAUCAAAGAGUAAAUCAAAGAAAAAGCAAGGAAAGUCUUCCAAGAGUUCGGGAUCGGGAAAUACGUCAAUGACCACAAAUUUGUUGCCCUCUCCAUCGGCCAAUGUGGUCGUUGAGCCUAGUAUAUUGGAGAGUUAUAUUAAAUCCAUUGAAACAUUACCAGUAGAAAUCAAAAAAGAUCUCGCUACCAUACGUGAAUUGGAUAAAAAGUGUGCAAAAAAUAUCAACAUGGCCAAUGAAAGUUCAGUGUCUAAAAAGACUGAUGAAGAGAAAUUGGAGGAAAUUAAACCACUGAUGACGGAUGCUAUUAAUUUAUGUAACGAAAAAUGCAGUAUUGCAAAGAGGGCGAUGAAGACAAUUUCGCUUCAUAUCGAAAAAAUUGAUAAGGACAUUGAGGAAUUAUCGAAAAUACUUCAGCAAAAACCUCAAGUGUCACUCAAACUAGAAUCCUUGUACAUUCCACAGCUUCCUGAAGAUUCAGAAGUGAGCUAUUUCACAAAUUCUGAGCAAAUACCUGGUUUAUCUAACGAAAAAUCGACCGUACAAAAAAACAAACGUCUCGUUCAACACUCAGAAAACUUGAAAAAUCUCAAAAUUGGAGCCCUAAAAGCAUAUCCAGAGAAGGAAUUGCAUUCUCAUGUAUUUAAUCACACACCAGAGCAAGAGGGUCUUGUGCGUGGAAAUUCAACAACCACUCGGUCAUCAUACAGUCAUAGUAGUAGUACUUCAACAAAAAAGGCAGAAAAAGAUACAAGCUCACUAGUCACCAUCAAAACAGCGGGUGGAUCGGUAAUUUCUGUUCCACCUCCUGAUGGAGCAGCAUCUGAUAAUGCAUUCAAGCCAAAUCCUCUUCCUCUUUUAUCUGUGGAAACGAGAAAAACAAAACAAAAGAAAUCAACAUCUCGUGCUCAUCAAGAUAUCACCAUCAAUUGCACAGAUAUCACUGCUGUGAGAAAGGAAAUUAUUCCAACAACUGCUGAACUGACGCCAACCGAUAUCUCAGAAAUCAAAAUCUCAAAGAAAGAGGGAGCCAAGAAGAGAAAACAAAUUUCUGCAGCCACUUCCACAUCCAAAAAGAAGAAGCAGCAAAAAGCAGAACCAUUGGUGGCCGAACCAGUUGUGGAUCAAACAAUCUACGUUCCACUUGAGGAAGAAGGACCACCAGACAAUACCAGAUAUUGUUAUUGCCAAAAAACCAUGGCUGAAAAGGAUGACAAAAUGGUGGGUUGUGACGGUGAGAACUGUCCCUAUAAUGGAUGGUUUCACAUUUCUUGUCUUUCACCUAGCGAGGACUAUACUCAAGAAAAGUUCUAUUGCAAGUCAUGUUCAAAGAAAUAUCGCAAAAAGAAGAAAAAACAUUAG